GGAUUGCCCAGAGUUUUUCAGAACUCAUUUCCUAUAAUGAAAGCUGCAAAAUUAUUGCCAAAAAAAACCCAGAUAAGUAAAAGCAUGAGACAUUUUCUUUUGGCGAUGUUCUUAAGAGCCUAAAUGCAGUUUUCCUAUCAGUGUAAAUUACAACAUUUAGAAUAAAACCCCGCUAGAUUCUGUAGAGUUCUUUUUCUGACUUAUUUCCCGGCUGUACCACUACAGGUCUUACCACUAGAGGAUAGCAACGAUCAGAAAAGUAAAGAAGCUACUGGUGCUAUGGAGGAUUCUGAAGGGGAAAUCACGGCCCAACCGGAAGUUGCAGCUGAUGGGGAAGAUACAACCCAAGUGGAAGGCACAAUCCAAGGGGAAAGCGCGUCCCCAGGGGAGGGCGCAUUCCAAAGGGAAGGUGCAUCCCAAGGGGGAAUUAGAUCUGACGUGGAAACUGAAUCCCAAGUGGAUGUCAAAUCCGAAGUGGAAGCCGAAUCUGAAGUGGAAGUCGAAUCCCCUGAAGCGAAAAUCAGUGCACUAUUCGUCAGUGAUACGGAUUUCAGUCCUGAGAAACCGUCUGAAGAUGAAGUAGGUUCCACAAACCUGCGUGAAGGAGUAAACGAAGGAGCUGAUCUUAAAGACUGCACCAGUUCAUCAGAACUGAGUGAAGAGUCAUCUGAGCAAAGCGACCAGCUUAACAAAUUGGAAAAAGCCAGCGAAGACCCCCAGGAGCAGAAGUUCCCUAUAUGGGCGCGCCACCGCUUCCACCUGAGCCAGGGGAGCAGCAUCGUGUCCUCUGAUGCCGACGAGCUGGUGUCUGCUGCCCCCUCUCCAUCCCCAGAGCUGUCGGAAGCCCACCCGAGGGAAGCAGUCCAGCCCCCAUUCCUGGACCACCUCCAGCAGUUAAGCCCAGCAGAGGAAGGGGCCCUGGUGGAGCCGAGCGAGUCUGAGGGAAGCGAUGAGGCCGAGAAUGAGUCCCAGCUGGUGGUUUUGGACCCAGACCAUCCCCUGAUGAUCAGAUUCCAGGCGGCGCUGAAGAGCUUCCUCACCAGACAGAUAGAGAAGCUGAAGCUGGAGCUCCAGGAGCUGGCCGUGGCCGCCAAGCAGACGCACGCCCAGCGGCAGGAGGUGGGCGUGAGCCUCUACGGGGUCCAGCAGCAACUGGCGCGCCUGCAGAUGCAGCUGGAGCGCAGCCACGACCGCUACUCCAUCGCCGCCUGCGCGCGAAGGCAGAAGGAGGAGGAGCUGCAGGGCACGCGCGUUCUCUACGCCCGGACCUGCGCGGCCGCCAACGAGGAGCGCAGGAAGCUGGCAGCACUGCACGCUGAGGUGGAGAGCCUGUCCCUGAAUCUCUUCUACAUGCAGCACAUAGACCAGGAUGUGCGUGAUGACAUCUGCGUGAUGAAGCAAGUCGUCAAGAAAGCUGAGAUGGAGAGGAUGCGGGCCGAGGUUGAGAAGAAAAAGCAGGACCUACACGUGGAUCGGCUCACCACUCAAGUCAAUCAGCUGGAAGAAAACAUUGCCCUGUUUGAGGCUAAGUGUCUUGCCCAGGCUGAGGACACCCGGACCUUACGAAAAGCAGUGAGUGAGGCCUGCAUGGAAAUUGACGCCAUCAAUGUGGAGAAGAAGCGUAUCCUGCAGCAAUGGGCCACCAGCCUGGUGGGGAUGAAGCACCGUGAUGAGGCACACAGGACCAUCCAGGAGGCCUUGAGGUGCGGGGUGCAGGGGUGCAGGCAUCAAGUCAAGUCCAUUGACGGGGAGAUUGAAGCCUAUAAGAAAUCGAUCACGAAGGAGGAAGAGAAGAAUGAGAAGCUAGCAAGCAUCCUGAACAGGACAGAGACUGAAGCCAACCUCAUGCAGAAGCUGACUGCCCAGUGCCUGGCCAAACAGGAGGCCCUGCAGAACGAGUUCAACACCUACCGGCUUACCCUUCAGGACACCGAGGACAUCCUGGGCAAGGCCUACCAGGAACACACAGCCCUUCUGGGUGAGCUGCAGACCAUCAGCCAAGCCAUCCAAAACGAGCUGGACACGAGGAGGAAGAUGGAGGCAUCCAUCCUGGAAAAGCUGCAGGAGCACAUGACCUCCAACAAGAUGACCAAGUACUUCAGCCAGCUCAUCGUCAAGCUGCAGAAGGAAAAGACCAACCUGGUGACACAUCUUUCCAAAAUUGAUGGUAACAUCGCUCAGACCACCCUCAACAUCACGAACACCAACUGCCGGCUAGACGUGCACCAGAAGACGCUGGUCGAGCUGGACAAGGAGGUGAAGAAGGUCAACGACCUCAUCACCAACAGUGAAAACGAGAUCUCCAGGCGCACCAUCCUGAUUGAGAGAAAGCAGGGGCUCAUCAACUUCUUCAAUAAGCAGCUGGAACAAAUGGUUUCCGAACUGGGGGGGGAAGAGGUCGGGCCCCUGGAGCUUGAGAUCAAGAGGCUGACGAAGCUGAUUGAUGAGCACAAUGCCAGCGUGACCCAGGCCCAGGUGAGCUGGCUGCGCCUGCAGCAGGAAAUGGUCAAGGCCACUGAAGAGCGUGAGGAGCAGCUGGCGAACCUGAACAUCUUCAGUAAGGAGAUCCACAUCCUGGAGCGGAAGAAGCUGCGGAUCGAGAACAAGAUCACGCAGGAGAAGAAGGAACAGAAGGAGAUUGAGCGGCACAUGAAGGACCUGGACAACGACCUGAAGAAGCUCAACAUGCUGAUGAACAAGAACCGGUGCAGCUCAGAGGAGCUUCAGCAGGUCACCAUGGUGACGGAGACCGAGUUCGUGCGCUCGAUCAAGGCCUCUGAGAGAGAGAGCAUCGAGCUGCAGGAGAAGCUGAACCAGCUCCAAGAGGAGAAGAUGGGCAUCCUGAACAGCCUGGUGGAAGCAGAGCACCAAAUCAUGCUUUGGGAGAAGAAAAUCCAGCUGGCCAAAGAGAUGCGCGCCUCGGUGGAUUCCGAGACCGGCCAGGCAGAGAUCCGAGCCAUGAAGGCCGAGAUCCACCGCAUGAAGGUCAAGCACGGGCAGCUGCUGAAGCAGCAGGAGAAGAUGAUUCGUGACAUGGAGAUGGCCGUGGCUCGCAGGGACACCAUCAUGGCCCGGGCCGAGGGCCAGAGCAAGAUAGACAGGAAGUUGCUAACCCGCACGGGCUUCUACCACAAGCAGGUGGAGCUGAGACGGAAAAUCAGGGACAUUCACAAGGCCACGGAGGACUGCACCAAAGCUGUCUCAGAGCUGGAGGAAAGGCAGAAAACCCUGGGCGACUCCCUGAUGGAGAAGCAGCAGAAGCUGUCGGCCGUGCAGUCCGACUCCGACCUUCUUGACGCUGACCUCGAACGGCUCGUGGCCCUCAAGCGGCAGAACCUCUCAGAGAUCGUGACUUUGCAGACGCGCCUGAAGCACCUCCAGGCUGUGAAGGACGGGAAGUACGUGUCCCUAUUCUGCUCUGAGCAGUCCCUGCAGGCGGAAAGCAAGCGGCUGGACAACCGGCUGGCCAUCAUUGGCGCCAUCCUGGACCACGUGAAGAAUGAGUACCCCCAGUUUCAGGAGACUCUGCACAAGCUCAGCCAGACCAUCGCCACCAAGCUGGAAGCGUAGGGGUCUCCCAAGGGGCAGCCACCACGUGGACGAGAUAGUGAUAACGUUUUUCCCCCAGACAUUAGCAAUCUUUUUGUGUGGCCAGAGCCAUGCUACCCUUGGAGAAUGAAACAGAUCAGGAGAAAUAAGCAGGCCAGCACUUUUUUUUUUUUUUAAACCAUCCAGCAGUUUCAACUGAGUAAAAUCCCAACAUUUCCCAUGGUGUUUCCAUGAGCUUGCGCCUUCUGUAUGCAAAGACAGAGCUGGGCACACAAACCCAUAUUCCUACGCGGGCCUUACUGUUUGGUGGAGGGUCCUCCCGGUUCUGCACGUGACUGUGCUUCCUCGUAACAAUGAGCGACUACUGGCUCAGAAUCUGGGGCGAGGAAACAAGAACGGACCCCCCAAAAAACGGGGCAUAUCUAGGCAGCAUGGCCUUGAAGAUGCACUUCACCUCACCCCUUAGCUUUGUCUACUGCGGUGCAUCUGAAGGGCCAUGACCCACCCCGUUUUCCACAGCUGCCCCCUGGAACUCAGGACCUUUCUCCCACUGCCACUCCCAGUUUAAAUUAACUCCAGGUUCACAGCUUGCAGAAGGUUAGGGACCUCAGGACAUCAAGGGAAGUUCUCGUGGAGGCGAGACCCGCUGAAAUGAGACCUCCGCAUCCCAUCUUCCGCCUGCUUAUCUCUUCUUGCUUAUCAGCCCCACACUGUGGCUCCCACACGCUUGAUUUCUGAGUACCUGUUACCUUGUGGCUUCUCGGAAGUUUAAAAGGAAAAUGUUCUAUGAAAUGAUUUCAUUUUCAAACUUUUCAGCAAUAAAUUAAAAAUUUUUUUUUUUUCCUGAAUUUGAGUGCUGUUGUUAGCUGCCAUCCAGUUGGCUCCAACUCAGCAGACCCCAACGUACAACAGAACAGAACGUUGCCUGGUCCUCAUUUCUGUCUUCAUGUUGACACGCUCAAGUCCAUUAUAGUGGCCACUUUGUAUUUUGAGUGCCUUCUAACCUAGGGGGCUCAUCUUCCAGCACUGUACUGGACCAUAUUCUGUUGUGAUCGGUAUGGGUUUCAUUGGCUGAUUUUUGGAAGUAGGUCACCAGGCCGCUCUUCCUCGUCUGCCUGAGUCCGGAAACUCUGCUGAAACCAGCCCACCAUGAGUGACCCUGCUGGUAUCUGAACUACCAGGACGUAGCUUCCAGCAUCACAGCAACACAUGCAAGGCACCACAGCGUGACACACUGACAGGACACAGGGAAGGCCCUUAACUCCCCCCCACCCAAAGGUAACAGACAACCACUGCUCAUGUUUGGGCCGACCCUGUUGCAGACUUUUUCUAUGCAUAUAUUUUCGUCAUAAGUUAAGGUCAUACGGUGUAAACAGUUUUUAUAUUUCACCUUUAAAAACGUGCUCAUCUUAAUACAAGCAUUUUUAGACUUCAUGACAAAUUCUUUGCAAACGUCAUUGAAUUUUUAUGGGUUAUCACAACGUUCUUAACGAUUCCUUUACCAUAGGCCCGGUAUUAAGUUGCUUCCAAGUUCUAUUUUUAACAUCUCCGGGAGGACCCCUUUGUGCGUGAGCGGCUGUCCACCUCUCCGGCUGGAUUUGCAGGAGGGGCAUUCCUGGGGCUAAAGGCGCGCCUUAACAGCUGCGGGGAUAAAAGCAGGUCGAGGGACGCACCUGCCCCUUACCCAGCCGGGAAAUGGCAAUUUCAGCCUCCCCGCAAGUGCGCGCUUCCUCGGGGUGUCCUCGAAG